AUGAGCGACCGCACGAACGAGUCUUAUUCCUCCUCUUCUUCAAGUGACAUGCCUGAUGGUGUCGAUGGCUCCAUCUACGUAACCCACGAUACAACGUACACAUACGAUGCCGAUGCAACCAUCAAGUAUGGUGUCCGAGGGGCUAAACGCCUCAGUACGAAAAAGGAGACGACAACCGACAUGAGUAUCCACGAAUACGAAUCCCCUAGUGGCGAGGGAAUCAAGAGAACUAACUUUGAGAACGGCCGUGGCCGCACGAUUUAUAACCCCAACACAGGAGCAUACGAUGAGAUAUUAGAUUCUAGCACGGACGAUGGAGAUUAUCACCAUCGCGAGAAGCUUAGCGCCGACGGGGUUUAUCAGCUGCGAGAUAUCGAUUUGCAUAAAGAUGGAACGAGACAUGUUCAUCGCGAGUGCGACAAUCCAAUUACUGGGAUCACGACUUCCGUACGGGGAACUAUGAGCGACCGUGCUUUUGAGGCGGACUUUUAG